AUGACAGAGCCAGGGUCACCAACGCAGGUAGUUUUACUGGUACGAAAGUAUAAAUUUAAGAUUUCUGACGUUUUUUAUGCCGCUACGUUUACCUUUGAUCAUUUGACGAAUCUGGCAUUGCAACUCAAUAGGAUAGACAAACAGAUAAAUCUGUAAGAGUUCGAUAAGAUUAUUUAAAAUGAUACACAGAUACGAUGAAACAUGUUCUAUGGAUUCGGUCGACGAAUCGGUUAGGAAGUUUACUGCCAAUUUGGAAAAUGCAUCCAAACUUAAACAAGCGUAAGUAUUGUCUAACUAUUUCUGUUCUCAAGUUCUAGAACUUAUAUGAGGCCGUACUCGCAUCAGGCCAGGCGGACUCCAGCCCAGCCAUUGAACCGGAUUCCAGUGAAUGCGGAUCUUACUAGAUCCCUUCCACAGAAAUCCCAAAACAAUUAUAGAUUAAUGCCUGCUACAGGGCUUAAUGCGCUGCAAAACGGGUCUUUGAUCAGGCAAAAUUCAAUGACUAAUGGGCGAAAACGGGCGAUGGCUGAGAACGGAUCUUAUGGUCCAUCAAAGCAAAUUCGGGAUAUCCAAUGGAUGUCCGUAAACGGAAACAGCUCUCCAAAGGUCAGCUUUAUUUUUUUCGUGUUUUUAAGUUUAGUGUUUAGAUGCCAAUGUUCGCUCGACAGUCGAUUAAUCCGCCUCCUAAUAAGGUUAAUAUUCGCCGAGAAUAUACGGUAACACCGUUUCGAACAGGAAGUGAACCCCAACGGUUUCUAGUGAAGAAGGAGCUCUUCCAAUCACAGAAUGUUACUGCCAUUACAAUGGAUGAUCUGACACCGAAGCUGCCAAAUAAUUCAAGGACUUCUCCAUCGAUACCUUCAUUUCAGCCCCUUCAGCCAAAACCCGUAUCAUUGUCUGGCGUAAGGCCGUCAAUGCCCUUGACGGAGGAGGAUGCUGCCGUUUCCUCACUUUUACAUACCCUCCAACAACCAGACUCAGAAAUGAGUGGCGCCGAGUGA